AUGUAAUCAUAUAACCCAGCAGUCUCUCAUAAAAGAAAAGAAAGAGACAUUGCCAAACUCAUGAUGUCUAACUAUCACGUGGAGCAAUGUCCUCAAAACCCAUAUAAUUUUAAAGUCAAUAUCAAUGGGUAAAACUGCAUCAUUAUAAAGCCCAUCUGAUUCCCUCUACGCCGGAGGAGUCUACACAAUCAACGUUCUUCUCCCUGAAUAGUACCCCUACAAAUCCCCCAGCAUUGGUUUCCUCACUAAAAUAUUCCACCCCAACAUAGAUGAAGCGUAUUGAUAACACUAUACUUGUAGUUCUGGAUCUGUCUGUCUUGAUGUCAUCAAUCAAGCGUGGUCACCCAUGUACGAUCUCAUGAAUGUUUUCGAAGUCUUCCUCCCUUAAUUACUCAACUACCCCAAUCCUAGUGAUCCUCUGAAUCCAGAUGCAGCCAGUCUUCUCAUCAGAGAUAAGCCUCGGUAUUUCCCCUAUCAUCUACAUCUAGAUAUGAGAAGAAAGUCAAAGAUAUGGUUCUUAAAUAUGCCACCAAACACAACCAGGAAGUUUAAAAUAUAGAAAUUAUAAAAGAAUCAAAAUAGGAUGACGAAGACAACGUCUCCCUCAUCUCCUUGGACAAUGUGUCACAACUAUCAGAACACUCCUAUGGACAUGCUGAAAUUCAAAGUUUGUUUUGA